AUGAUGGCUUCGCCGAGCUUCAUGACCCAGUACCAUAACCAUCAGUGGAACAACGGCCCCGCGCAGAGCCAGCUGUCCGCGUUGAACAUCCUCCCGUAUCAGUAUCCUCCGCAGCCGGCGUCGGUCAGCAGCCUCGGCUCGGUAGCGUCGGUGGGCUCGGCCGGCCUCUCGCCCACCCAGUCCAUCGCCUCGUCGAGCGGGGUCGCCAGCAACAGCAGCAGCUUCAGUGCCGUCGGAGGACCGGCGCCCACCGGCGGCGGCCAGGGUCCUGCAGUCCACCCACGGGCCACCUCCGAUUGUGCCGGGGCCGGAUCGAACGCCGCCAGCCCGGACGUGACGUCAUCGGCGGCGGUGGCGGCCGUGGUCGCCUCGAGCGCGGCCGCCGCAUCCUACGGCUUCAGUAUGGUCCAGCAACCGGGCAGCCUCGAGAUGUCCGCACGGUCACAGGCCACCAGCAUGCACCCGUACCCGCCGGCGUACCCGUCGUACAGCCCGGCCGGCUACUACAACAGCGGGCCGUGGCCGUUCGCGCAGGACACGAUGUACGGCACGGCCGCCGGCUGGCACGGCGCGGACGCGUACGGCCUGAAGCUGGAGGAGUACUCGCACCAGACGCAGGCGCAGCGCCGCUGCGCCCGCUGCACCUGCCCGAACUGCAUCAACGAGCUGUCCGGGCUGCCGCCGGUGGUCGGGCCGGACGAGAAGGGCAAACGGCAGCACAUCUGCCACAUCCCGGGCUGCGAGAAGAUCUACGGCAAGACGAGCCACCUGAAGGCCCACCUCCGCUGGCACACCGGCGAGCGCCCGUUCCUCUGCAAGUGGCUGUUCUGCGGCAAGCGCUUCACGCGCUCGGACGAGCUGCAGCGCCACUUCCGGACGCACACCGGCGAGAAGCGGUUCACCUGUGCGAUCUGCAGCAAGAAGUUCAUGCGCAGCGACCACCUCGCCAAGCACGUCAAGACGCACGAGAACAAGGCGAAGAAGAUGGCGAAGCGCACCGAGAAGCUCGAGGAGGCGAAACUGCGCCGCGAGGAGACGAAGCUGUCGGCCAAGUCCCUCGGUCCCGGCCCCGGCGGCGACGUGAAGAAGAUAGUCUCUGGCCAAAAGUUCUUGUCGAAGCGAAGUUCGAAGCCCGGCACGGGUGACGGCGGGGGUGACGGGGGUGGCGGGGAGCUAGGUCACCUGCAACACCACCACCACCAGGCCCCGCACCAGCCGCUCCUGAUGGGCCACGGGCAGGAGGACAUCAACGCCAACAUCCGGAUGCCCGCGAUCAAGUCGGAGUUUGGUACGGCGGUGGCCAGCGCGGUGACGCCUCCCCCCUCCGUGACCGACUCCCCCCUCGGGACGACGGCGAGUGCGGCGGCUGCAGCGGCUGCAGCGGCGGCGGCGGCAGCCGCAGCGGCCGCUGCCGCCUACCAAAACUAUCACCAUCACCAUGCUGCGGCCGCCCACCAUCACCACCACCACCACCACCACGCCCCGUACCACUUCCAGAGUCCGUUCUUCCAGGCGGCGGCGGCGGCGGCGGCCCCCGCGUCGGGCGGUGAGUCAGUGACGGCUGCUGCGCUGGCGGCGGCCGCUGCCGCCGGAUUCCCGGGCAGCAUAGCGCGCCAGCUUGCCCAAGGCUCACCGUCAUCAACCGGCGGUGGCGGCGGUGGCGCCGGCAACAAUACAAGCGUCAGCAGCAACAACAGCAGUGCCAUCGCCGAGUUCGGCAACAGUCUGGUGAAGCUGGAAGAGUACGCCAACGGGCAUGGGUUGGGAGGGCGGGCGUCGACCAGUGUCACCGUGGACGGCAGCAGUACCAGUCCCGUCCAGAACCGGCUAGGAGGACAACCAAUCAACACCAGCAACACCAGCAGCAACAACAACCAUCUUCUACCUCACAGCAGCAGCAGCUCCCAGCUCGCGUAUCACUCGGCGACGCUGGCCGACGACCUGUCGCCUUCGUCGGCGCACCACCCACACCACCCGCACCACCACCACCCCCACCGCUACCACCCGUACCACCACGGGAAGGGAGCGUCGGCAGGGGGGGCGGCGUACGGGACCGGGGCGGGGGGUAACAGCAACUUCUACGACUCACACCCACAGUCCGCCCAGCAUCCGCAUCACGUCGCGGGGGGAGGUAGCGGCGGUGGGGGUGGCACCUCCAGCUCGGCGCUCGCCUCCACCUACAACAUGAUGAUGAGCAACUACUCGUCCCUGCACCACCACCAGCCCCAGCCCCAGUCACAGCAGCAACAGCAACAUCUGCAUCAGCCGCACCAUAAUCAACCGCAGCAGCAACUCCAGCAGCAGCACCAGCAGCAGCAGCAACUCAACUCCCAGCAACCAACCGCCAGCGCACUCUUCAAGUAG